AGAAUCCUUAUAAUGCAAUUGAGACACACCAACACGGAUCGCGUUUGACCUGUUCUUCGUCGGGUUCCGGAGUUCGUCGUCCAGUUUCUGUGGAGCUCAUCGGGUAAAGAUCUUGGAUUCGCCUAAAGAACCGAUAAUUUCUUGUCCGAAGAUGGAGGAUGUCAAGGAGAAGGAGCUUUCUGAUGACAACAACAAGAACAUUGAAGAUGAGAAAGAUUCAGACAAGAUGAAAGAUCAUGAGAUUUCUCCCUCUAAGCUCGCGGAAGACGCAAUCAAGAAAAAGUACGGAGGAUUGUUGCCAAAAAAGCACCCGUUGAUAGCUAAGGAUCAUGAACGGGCGUUUUUUGACUCGGCGGAUUGGGCACUGGGAAAGCAAAAAGGGCAAAAGCCGAAAGGAUCUCUUGAAGCCCUUCGCCCGAAACUGCAGGUAAGACCAACACCACACCAGCAACUGAGAACUAGACGCUUGGCUUAUGCUUCGGAUGAUAACAAUGAAGAAUCCGAGGACGAAAAGAUCGAUGAUCAAAGCUGUUCAUCGUCAGCUGUUGUUAACAGCAGCUUGAAGGAAAAUGGCGAAGAAGGUAACAUGGAAAGCAACUCCAAGACUGAACAUAGCGAGAUUUCUUGAUGAACAACAGCACUAAGUGGCAUUUUACCCUCACAGAGAGUCUGAAUAACAGACAAAAACCCGUUCCCAAAAUCCGUUAAAGGGUUGCUGUAUUAAUGAUUUAUUAUGGCCCUUGUGAUAUCAUUACAAUCUUUAUGCACUUAUUUUCAGCUUUUCCAUUCAGACAUCUUUAGUCAAGAUAUCUGUUUUGUGUAGACAGUGAUGUGUGCAUGUAAAACUAAAUAUUCAUCGGUGAUUACGAGGAACAUUUUGUCGUCUU